GCCCUUCAGAACGUCACGGUCGGCGACGUCAUCUCAGCCAUGGGAUCUGAAGCCCAUAGUCACGAAGCACUGUCGCGGCAGACGCAUCUGGCAAUCCUGAUCAACGGACGAUGGCAGCCAGAAGAGCAGCCAGUCGACUGGUGCGACAGCAUGCUCGAAGACACGUGCGAGGACUUGGAGAGCAGAGACCACUCGAUUCGCGACUCCGAACAGGCGGACUUCGAGGACGGGUUCGACGACUGGGACUGGGUCGACAGUGAGAUGCAGCGCGAAGCCGAGGAAGAUGCGCGUGAGAGAGUACAGUGGAGCAAAGAAAUGGAAAUCCAGAAUGAAUACCGCCAGCGUCUCGCCAACAUGACGGUGAAGUACCUGAACAUGCAAGGUAGCGAAACCCACACCUCGAAGCCUUAUCCACUCUGCCAUGUCGAACCGUGCGAGUCUUUCCGGGAAGCCUGGCUGCACACUUUGCACGAAGGAAACAGCCCAGAUCGCCGUCUCUCCCUGCGCCAACUACGUCUCAGACGACAAGAAAUUAAGAAGCCUAUCCCGGCGGAAACGCUGCAAUAUCGCAGCGCCAGGGAAGUCUUGCUUCACGAUUUGGACAGCGGUCCUGCAGGACCCAUCCCCCUCGACACCACGAAGCUGGUCUUGGGCGGGGGCGUGAUCACAGACACCUGGAGCUGGCGUGAACUGUUGGGUCACAGCUUGAGCAACGACGUCGUGCACGUGCAAGUUGUCUACAUCUCAGAGAAAGCCACAGGUGCAAAAUCUGAGGAUUCAGGAUUCGUUGCCAUGGCCCCUUGUCAUCGGUGCGGCUUCGGGACAAGGAGCGGCAGAGGACAGGGAUGGUGCAGCAAUCCGCAGUGCCGCCAAGCCGAAAAAGAGGAGUGCCUGGCCCAGAAGAGCGCAGAGAAAAUUGUUUGGCAGCAACAACGGGCAGCGCAGGGAGCGGGCAGUCGUGGACCCUUGCGCGAAGAGAACAGCAGAAAGGCAGAGCGCCGACAGCUGCAUGAGGAAAGGGCGCGGGCAAAGGCAGAGGAGGAAGCAGGCGGCCGUGGACCUUUGCGUGAAGAAGACAGCAAAGAAGCAGAGCGCCGACAGCUGCGUGAGGCAAGGGCGCGGGCAAAGGCAGAGGAGGAAGCGGGCGGCCGUGGACCUUUGCGGGAAGAAGACAGCAAAGAAGCAGAGCGCCGACAGCUGCAUGAGGCAAGGGCGCGGGCAAAGGCAGAGGAGGAAGCGGGCGGCCGUGGACCUUUGCGGGAAGAAGACGGCAAAAGGGAAGAGCGCCGACAGCUGCGUGAGGCAAGGGCACGGGCAAAGGCAGAGGAGGAAGCGGGCGGCCGUGGACCUUUGCGGGAAGAAGACAGCAAAGAAGCAGAGCGCCGACAGCUGCGUGAGGCAAGGGCGCGGGCAAAGGCAGAGGAGGAAGCGGGCGGCCGUGGACCUUUGCGGGAAGAAGACGGCAAAAGGGAAGAGCGCCGACAGCUGCGUGAGGCAAGGGCGCGGGCAAAGUCAGAGGAGGAAGCGGGCGGCCGUGGACCUUUGCGGGAAGAAGACAGCAAAGAAGCAGAGCGCCGACAGCUGCGUGAGGCAAGGGAGCGGGCAAAGGCAGAGGAGGGAGUGGGCGGCCGAGGGCCCAGGCCUUGA